UUUGGGUUGAGAUCCUUGAGGUGGUGGUUUGACCAUAAGCCAAGGAGUCUGCGCUGGCUUAUAAUGGUGUACAACUACUUACAGAAGCUUGUCCAUGGUGCAAAGCUUUUAGAAACCAAGCAAAUUGGAGCCUUGUAUGUCAAUGCGCUACUAUAUCACUGCUCGGAAGUAUCCCAUCAAGAGCCUUUACCUCGUGAAUGGUAUGACCACGCUUUUCCAAAGAUAAUAAAAUUGAGCCACUCGUUGAGAAAUGUGGAUUGCGUUGAUGGAAGGCUGGUUGACGCAAGUAAUGAUUCGAUAGUCUCUGAUGAUCAAAUCGAACACAGGUUGCGAACUUUCAAGUCCAUGGCCAGGGUCUUUAUUGGGUCUCCAUCAGUUCAGCGAGUGGUUCGGGAAGACGUAACGGCCUUUUCGGUGGCGGGUGCCAACUGCACACCACUUGCUUGUUUCAAUGCACCUAGUGAAAGAGAGCCCAUGAUUGUGAAUUCGCUUACCAAAGUGAGCAACUUCCUUAACAUUUCCGCGCAGCAAAGGAAGCUCGUUCGUCUCACGGUAUGCCCGCAGGUCACGCAACAGCGGAUAUGGACAGCUGCCCUUGAGGAGAUACUCAAUGGAUUGAAAAUUGAGUUGGAUUUGUUAACUUGUCGACGCCCAAGCAAAGGGACCGAGAUGGGUCAGCAGAUAGUUUCUAGCUGUCUAAAAUUCUUGGCUGACACAGUCGUUGCCUCUAACCAUGACUCCACUUCAUGGAUGCGGCUUGUGCCUGCAAAAGUUGUUGACUCUUCUGCUUCACAUAAAUGGGAAGACGUGCUUGAGAUGUUCAAUGACCUCAUUGAUUGUUUGAAGAGCGAGAAGGAAUUAUGUUUUCUUCUGGUGAAGCUAGAGGUCAUGAAAGAGGGACUUUCUCAAAUCAAGGAUGUAUUGAUUGAUAAAAGUAUAGGGUACAAGGAAGCUCGACAUCAAGAGAGUCUUGUACAGAAGAAGCUCUCCAAGACACUGGGUCAUUCAUCCAAGUGCUUGUUCACACUUCUGUUAUAUUAUCUAUGCGGACAUGUUAGAGAUGUCGAAGUGGAUAUAUGUGGUGGAAUUUAUAGCAUUGGUGAGGACAGGUUUUGCUUGUGCAUGGGAAGGAUUUUGACUACAGAAGAGGAGAAGAUCGUCCAGAGAGGGGUGAGGCAGUUGGACAGAGCUCUUCGGCUUUUCAAGUUUGUAUGGGAAACUGCCGGGAUGAAGGCAGUGUUGGAGCCGCAAGGCCAUUUAUGGUGUGUUGGGGCUGAGGGCAGGAUGCUUACGUAUAGAGAAAAUAUGUACUUUUUACAUGGGAUAAAUCCUUGACAACAAAAAGUUCCCAACCAAAUCGGUUGAAAAUUUUUAGAACCAUUUUGUGGUCAAAUUAUGUUUGUUUUUGUUCGUUAUUUUAUGAAAAAACCCACUUGUCUGCUA